UAUAGUUUAUGGCACUAACGGCUGUAAAUUUUGUGUUCCGGCAAGAAAUUUAUUGUGAUAAUUAAUGGAAUUGUUGUGCUGUUUAAAAAUAUGGCAAUUUUAAGCCGCUACAAUGACUAAUGUGACGAGGAAAAUUCAAAUACGAGAAUUCUGUCUAUUAACUUUUCAUCGAACCACAAAAAACAACCGGUCUCUGUCGAAAUUUAAGGCGUUGUCAUUUACAUUUUCUACUCCAAAAAAUUAUCAGGAAUUUAUCCGGUGAACAGAGAGAGAGAGAGAGAGAGACGACGACGACGACGAGAGUCAUGAAUGAACUUAACGUUAUUGAAUACAUUCAAAGUUUUGUCAGCUGAUUAACGCAGAAAAAUGACAUGUGAGUCACUUGCUCUUAUUCAGUGUUCCUUGAGAAGCCGGAUCGUUCGUUGAUCGUUCAACCGGUUAAAAAAUUUAAACAAAAAAAAAAUAAAUAAAUAAAAUCGAAAUUAAACCUGCUGGACGGGAAAUUUGUUUGAUGAAAAGAAGAAAAUUUUUGAUAACGGAAAAAUGGGUAAUAAAUGCAGUUGUUGUGCUUAUUCGAGUCCACAACUUGGUAGAAAGGAUUUAGGUGGCGAUGGUGUUGGUCGUGGUUUAGAGGAUCUUCCCGAAGGUGAUAUCAGUGUCAAUAAUCUUCAACAUAUUAGUGAACGAGAGCCGGAAGUUUGGAAUUCCGACCCGUCCUUACAUCCCUGUGCUGGUACCAUUUUUAUGGAGCGAUCGAAAAAAUCCAUUGAAAAUGGAAUGGUAAGAAAGAAGAGUCAACAUCAAAUUGCUGAUAUAAGACCUUUAAAAAAAAGUAGCAGCUGUAGUACGAUUUAUUUAGACGAUAGUACUGUAUCUCAACCAAAUUUAAAAAAUACUGUUAAAUGCGUCGCAUUAGCAAUAUAUUAUCACAUUAAGAAUAGAACUUCACAGCGUCAAAUCGAAAUAUUUGAUGAAAAAUUACAUCCGCUCACGAGAGACGGUGUUGCAGAUGAUUACGAUAAACACAAUCCGGAGCACAAGCAGAUAUAUAAAUUUGUGAGAACUCUUUUUAAUGCGGCACAAUUAACGGCUGAAUGUGCUAUUAUAACGUUAGUGUAUCUCGAACGUCUGCUCACUUAUGCGGAGAUUGAUAUAACGCCCGCUAAUUGGAAACGAAUCGUUCUCGGUGCUAUUUUGCUCGCCUCAAAAGUGUGGGACGAUCAGGCUGUGUGGAAUGUGGACUAUUGUCAAAUUCUAAAGGACAUUACUGUAGAAGACAUGAACGAAUUAGAGAGACAAUUUCUGGAAAUGCUUCAAUUUAACAUUAAUGUACCUUCCAGUGUGUACGCCAAAUACUAUUUUGAUCUCAGGACACUUGCCGAGGCCAAUUCAUUGGCAUCGGAUUUUUCUUUACCACUUAGUAAAGAAAAAGCGCAAAAACUUGAGGCAAUGUCACGCAUUUACGAAGAUAAAGUGGCAGCAGAAGUUUUACGUAAUGGUAUUAAAAAAUGGUCCAGUCUCGAUAAUAUCUGCUUAGGACCUAGGCGAAGUAUCGCAAUUCUUUCGUAAAUUAGUCCUUCCAAAAUAUUUUGCGAUUAUAGUGUCUAUUGAAGUGAAGAAAAAAAUGAAAGAAAUUCAAUUUCACCACUGUGGGUGGAGAAAAGAAAAGGGGAGAGGUUUUUUUUUCUUUAUUUAGAUUUACAUAAGAACCAGUGUAAUUUAUUAUAUAAAAUUUACGUUUUAUAAGUGCUUUGUAAGAAAAGAGAAUAUAUAAUUUUUUUUUUAUAAUUUUUUACCUAGAA